GGAAAUCUAGGCCGCCUUUUUCCUUCCACCACCUCGCACGGCUCUCUCUGGUAACUGAAUAGCCAGUGUAAUCUGACACUUCAACUUGCCGUGCUCUACGGUAGUUGAUUCAGUCAGUCAGUCAGUCAGUCACACCGUCUUCGGGGUUCUCUCACAUCGUCUUUGUGAAGUGAAGAGAGCGAAGGAGCGGAGCGCCGUAAACACGCGGCGCGGAGGAACAAUACGCGGCUUUGCCACUGAGCUUCGAGCAGAAAAUCUCCUCUUAAGGAGAGGUCAGCAUCGGACCGCGCGGGAGAAUACAUGAAGGGCGGGGCGGGGAGGGGGUGCCAGCUGCAGCACAAGCGCCUCUGAGGUCACGCAGACUUGCUCUGUGAUUGAUGAAGUUUAAGAAGCUGAUUUUGCCCAACAGCAAACACAGGAGCCUCCUCAUCCGAAUCGAGUAAAAAACAAAAAAGACUUUUAAUGGAGUCCCGGUAGAGACAUCAAGAUGAACACGUUACCAUCAAUGGACCGGCAUAUCCAGCAGACCAACGACAGGCUGCAGUGCAUCAAACAGCACUUACAGAACCCGGCCAACUUCCACUCGGCUGCCACGGAGCUGCUCGACUGGUGUGGAGAUCCCCGGGCCUUCCAGCGACCUUUCGAGCAAAGUCUCAUGGGAUGUCUGACGGUGGUGAGCCGCGUUGCUGCUCAGCAGGGGUUCGACUUGGACCUGGGCUACAGGUUGCUUGCUGUGUGCGCUGCCAACCGGGACAAAUUCACUCCUAAGUCUGCAGAAACCAGCACCUGCAGGAGAUGUCAGAGUGAUUCAGCUCUGCUGUCGUCGUGGUGUGAGGAGCUGGGUCGUCUCCUCCUGCUGCGUCAUCAGAAGAACAGGCAGAACGAACCACAGGGAAAAGUUCCCAUGCAGCCCAGCAUGAACAGCAUGAAGCCUGGCCUCACACACAGUGAUGGAUCAUUUCCGUAUGAUUCUGUCCCCUGGCAACAGAACACCAACCAGCCCCCAGGUUCACUGUCUGUGGUUACAACAGUGUGGGGUGUGACUAAUACGUCACAAAGUCAGGUGCUGUGUAAUCCUAUGGCGAACAGCAACAACCACAUGAAUCCCGGGGGAAACCACAUGGGAUCGGGUAUGUCGGCCAGCGCAGCAGGGCUCAGUUCGCCUCAGUUCAGCACUCAGCAGCAGCAGUUCCCGAGCAAAGGAGGAUCCGGCCAGUCGUACAUACAGCAGGGCAUGUACGGCAGGCCUGGCUACCCCGGUGGUCCUGGGGGGUACAGUGGAAGUUACUCUGGAGGCCCCAACCCCCCACCUGGCGGUAUGGGAAUGACAACCCACACACGCCCCCCUGGUGACUUCACUCCCCCUGCUGCUGCAGCUGCUGCUGCAGCUGUAGCUGCAGCUGCUGCCACAGCCACGGCCACAGCGACUGCCACAGUGGCUGCUCUGCAAGAAACUCAGAAUAAAGAGAUGAACCAGUACGGACAGAUGUGCCCGUCGUUCCAGAUGGGCCCUGCACCAGCCUACAACAGUCAGUUCAUGAACCAGCCGGGCCCCCGAGGGCCUCCUGGAGGUAUGAACCCAGCCGCCAUGGGCUCAGGCAUGAACAACCCCAACAUGAGUGGUCCUCCAAUAGGCAUGAGCCAGGCUCGAACACCAGGCAUGGGGCCUUUUGGAGGUCCCAGUCAGAGGAUGCCUCAGCAAGGUUACCCUGGUGGGCCACGACAAGGCAUUCCCAUGCAGGGGAUGAAGAGGCCGUAUCCUGGGGAGGGGAGUUACGGGGGUCAGCAGUAUGGGCCAAACAGCCAGUUCCAGCCUCAGCAGGGACAGUACUCCUCAUCAAAUCCCUCCAGGCCGCUACCUUCCCCUAACUACCCCAGCCAGCGGAUGCCAGUGCAGCAGGGUCAAGGACAGUACCCCCCUGGUAUGCCCAUGAACCAGUACUACAAGCAAGAACCAUUCAAUGGUCAGAACACUAGCUUCACUGGUGGCGGAUACUCCUAUAACCAAGGCAGUGGGCCCCCGAGGCCUGGUAACUACCCGCACUCUCCAGUCCCUGGAAACCCAACUCCUCCCAUGACCCCAGGAAGCAGUAUUCCCCCUUAUCUGUCGCCAAACCAGGACGUGAAGCCCCCCUUCCCACCCGACAUGAAACCAAAUAUGACAGCACUUCCGCCCCCUCCGGGCAACCCAAACGAGGAGCUGCGGCUGACAUUCCCAGUUAGGGACGGGGUGGUGCUGGAACCGUUCCGCCUGGAGCACAACCUGGCUGUCAGUAACCACGUCUUCCAUCUGCGACCCUCCGUCCACCAGACUCUCAUGUGGAGGUCAGAUCUUGAACUCCAGUUUAAGUGCUACCAUCAUGAAGACAGACAAAUGAACACCAAUUGGCCGGCCUCCGUCCAGGUCAGCGUGAACGCCACGCCGCUCACCAUCGAGAGAGGCGACAACAAAACUUCCCACAAGCCACUGCACCUGAAGCACGUCUGCCAGCCGGGGAGGAACACCAUCCAGAUCACGGUCACCGCCUGCUGUUGUUCCCACCUGUUUGUGCUGCAGCUGGUCCACAGGCCAUCUGUGCGCUCCGUCCUCCAGGGGCUCUUGAAGAAGAGGCUCCUUCCUGCAGAACACUGCAUCACCAAGAUUAAGAGGAACUUCAGCAGCGUAGCGGCGUCGGCGGGCAACACCACUCUCAACGGAGAGGACGGCGUGGAGCAGACGGCCAUCAAAGUAUCGCUAAAAUGUCCCAUUACCUUUCGACGCAUCCAGCUCCCCGCGCGGGGCCACGACUGCAAACACGUGCAGUGCUUCGAUUUGGAGUCCUACUUGCAGCUCAACUGUGAGAGAGGGACAUGGAGGUGUCCUGUGUGCAAUAAAACAGCAUUAUUAGAAGGUCUGGAGGUUGACCAGUAUAUGUGGGGUAUUCUUAAUGCCAUCCAAAAUUCAGACUUUGAAGAGGUCACUAUAGACCCCACAUGUAGCUGGAGACCAGUUCCCGUCAAGUCUGAGCUGCACAUCAAGGAGGAUCCAGACGGACCGCUGGCGAAGCGCUUUAAGACUAUGAGUCCAAGUCAGAUGACCAUGCCCAACGUGAUGGAAAUGAUCGCUCAGUUGGGGCCUGGUCCAGGACACGGACCAGGACCCGGGCAGGGGCCAGGUCCGGGUCCAAGUUCCUACCCCCACCAUCCUGGGCAGCAUCCCAGCGGAAACGGAGAUUACCCCGGAGCAGGCAACAACUACCACAAUCAAGGUAGCUUUGACUUUCCUAACGGGAACCCAUCCGUUGGCGGUGGCGUUGGAGGAGGAGGAGGUGGUCCUCCCAUGAAUGAUUUCAUCCACGGGCCACAGCUGUCCCAUCCACCUGAUGGACCCGGUGGUCUCCUCCCCCAGGACAAGCCGCUUAGCCACGGCAUGAACGAUGCGAUGUCCCAUUCAGAUCAGUCCCAUAACUCCAUGCAGCCGAGCAUGCAUGCGUCCCCGCACCCUGGCAGCCAAUCAGGGCCGCCCUUACAUCACAGCGGCCAGUCAGGGCAGCCCCUGCAUCACAGCGCCCAAUCAUCACAGCCACCUCGCCAGCCGCAGCCACAGCCGCAGCCGCAGCCUCAGCAGCAGCACCCUGGCCAGAACAGCCAUCCCCACGGCGACCUGAGCUUUAACCCCUCCUCAGACACGCAGAUGGCUCAGGGAGCUCAGGACAUGCCCGAACCCUCCCUGGAUCUGCUUCCAGAGCUAGCCAACCCGGAAGAGUUACUCUCCUACCUGGACCCCCCCGACCUUCCCUCCAACAGCAACGACGACCUACUCUCCCUUUUUGAGAACAACUAGCCCCUCCUCGCCCUCUUCCUGUGAACACUUGGAGCAGCUACCUGUUUUCACGCACGCGGACUUGCUCGAACUGUUUCCGUGUUGAAGACGGGCGUGCGGCACAGGAGCACGGCUGUGAAGGAAGCGGGACGUCAACACUCGAUCCCUGCACUCCCCCAUUUUUACUCGGCUUGUGUAAAGAUUCCACACACCAGUUCCACCUCCUCUGGCUCCACCAUUCGUAGCCAUGUUGGUGGGCACUAAAUUGAUAUAAAAAUAUUUAUAUAUUAUAUACACAUACAUUAUAUGUGUAUAUGAGCAUAUAUAUAUACAGUAUAUAUAUAUGUGACUUUUCAACUGAAAACUGUGCAGCUAUAAUCAUACAUGACAACACGGAGGAGACAGAAGCCUUGUGUUGUAGCUUUCUUUUCUUUUUUUUUUAAUAUAUAUAUAUAAUUUUCCUCUUGACACUAGAGGAGUCAGAGGGAAAGCCAUUGUGUUGUAAAAGUGUCUUUUUGAACCCAAACUAAAUUUGUUCUUCCAAAUCUUCUACACACACAACCCCAGACUUCCCAGUAUGUGUGUGUGACAGCUGAGUAACUCUUCUGACUCAGAGCACUGAUAUCUGUGUCUGCGGAGGAAGUGAGCGCAUGUUGUGCAGCGUUGCAUGUUUGUCUGUAUACAGGUGCAUGUCAAUAAAUUAGGAUAUCAUUGAAAAGUUAAUUUAUUAAACUUCCCUAAUUGAAUUAAAAUAGCUCAAUUCAAUUUAUACCAUUUAUUAGCUUCUAGUUAUUAUUGACAACAUAGGGCAAUUUCAUUUGCAGUGAAUUGUAGAAUAAAAUUUGAAUGUAAAACAAAAUCACUUGUACCUAUGUUUGACCCAGUGCACUUACUAGCAUAAAAGUGAAAAAGAUAAGCAGACCUUUUGUUAAAAGUAAUGUUAACUAGGUUUAAAUGUAGUUCUGAAAUACCACAAAAGUAGCAAGCUACGCUAGGAUUAUCCUACAAGUUCUUUCUUGAUUUCUGUUCUUGUUUGUGUACGGACCAAAGCAAAGCCGUUUAUUUCAUAAAGAAAUGCAUAAACAUCUCGCAUUACAUGGAAGCAUUAAACUCUGAGUAAAAUAUUUCAAA